AUGAGCACAUCCUCACAGAGCGUUUCCUACAUUGCGAUGGUGACCAAGGCUGCCACGCGAGGCGCCUUUCGCCUACCAAUGACGACACAUCCUGACCAAAGCUUCAUUGCAAUAGCGAUAUCUUUAGCUAUCGGCAUGUUUAUCGUCACCGCCUUGUUGGCAUUGAAGUUGCAAGAGCUGAGGACUAGGGUGGGACGCCGAAAAUUGGCGGGGGAUGGCCACGAUGUGCUCCUUGAGGAAUCCAGUGACGUGACCACAUAUGACGAUGAGAAUAAAGCGCAGCUGGGUGCUGUUGUGGGAUUAGCGCUUGCCGAAGAGGUGCAAGUGGGCGACGUCGCUCCGAUGGAUAACCCCGAGUCCGAAGGGAUGAAUGAGCUGCCGAUCAAAGAAACAGGAAACCAUUCGUCGGGAAAGACGUAACCCCUGGUACGAUACUAUCGUGUGAACAGACAGAUGAGCGCUAAAUUCGCUGUACAGCCUUGAAAACUCCGUACCUGCUGGUGUUUCCGCCAAAAAUCCCCCUUCAUUAUCUCUCCUUCGACUCUUUCGUUAUCUGUAUUGUAUCUGAUAGGUUAUAACUGGGCUCUUCGCCUUGCACU